UAUAUUGAAUUCUUCGAAAUUUAUGUAAUAUGAGAACAUAGAAAAUGAUAACGUUAUUUUAAUGUUGAUAACUACUAUUAAAUCUUUGGUUUAGUUACAAUCAUCAACUUUAUAGUAAAAUACGCAAUCUCUCCCCAUCUUUGACAUUUCACUUCCAAUGCCAAUCAGCUGAUUAGUUGAUAUGCGUUUUAUGUCAAGCGUGUGUAUUGGUUCUUCACUUUUUUGUUAUUUAGUAUUAAAAUGAUUUAAAUCUUAUUGUUUUUUAAACAUUCCACUGAUAUACUCUGCGCAAAAUGUCACGUAAACCAAAUAGUGCCACAUCCAGGCUGAAACAAGACUACCUACGGCUAAAGAAAGAUCCGGUUCCUUAUGUUGUAGCUGAACCAGUACCAUCAAACAUUCUUGAGUGGCAUUAUGUCGUUAAGGGACCAGAGAACACACCAUAUGAAGGAGGAAUGUAUCUUGGAAAAUUAGUCUUCCCCAGAGAAUUCCCAUUCAAACCUCCAAGUAUUUAUAUGGUGACUCCAAAUGGACGGUUCAAAACAAACACGAGAUUGUGCCUGUCAAUAAGUGACUUUCAUCCGGACACAUGGAACCCGGCAUGGAGUGUCUCAACUAUUCUCACUGGCUUGCUUAGUUUCAUGAUUGAGAAGAGCCCUACUCUAGGAAGUAUAGAAACAUCAGAGUAUGAGCGUAGACAAUUAGCAGCACAAAGUUUAGAAUACAAUCUUAAGGACAAAUACUUCUGCGAGCUAUUCCCUGAGCUAGUGGAGGCAGUGAAGGCUGAGCUGGCGCGACGUGCCGAGAGUGCACAGACGGCGACGCAGAACGGAACGGGCGACGCGACGGCACUCGACGCCGACGGUCUGGUGCAGCAGUUGAUGGGAGGCGCGGGUGGGGGUGGCUUGGACGGGGCGGCAAGGGGCGGCGACAACAGUCCACUGCACGGCGCACUCACUAACCUCUGCGUGAUCAUCGGUUUUGCCGCCUUCGCCUACACCGUCAAGUAUGUACUGCUCACCUCGGCUGCCGAACACUGAACCAACGCAUGGCCAUGGCCAGUGCCAGUGUGUGUUAUGCUACUCAUCCAAAUGACUCAUCAAAUUGAUCACAUCCAUUGAAAAAAACACCAUGUUUCAUCCUCUCAACCUUCUUAACAGUAUAAAAUUAGCGAGAGAAUCAAAUGAGAUGGACACUUCUUUAAUAAAUAAACAAAUUAAAUCAUACUACUGAUUCUAUAUCAAGGACUGACUUUUAUCACAUCCAUUGAACAAAUGACCAUGUUUCAUCCUCAAUUAGCUAGAGAAUCAAAUGAGGUAGAUACUUCACAUCUAUAAAAAUUAAACAAAUUAAAUCUACACUACUGAUUCUAUAUCAAGGACUGAUUUUUAUCACAUCCAUUGAACAAAUUACCAUGUUUAUUCCUCUCAACCUUCUCAACAGUCCAUAAUAAGUUGAAGAAUCAUAUGAGUAAGACACUUCACAUUUAUAAAAUUAACAAAUUGAAUCUAGAUUGUGUAAGAGAUUGCAAAACGUUUGUUAUGUUUUUCUGUCUUCUGUGAUCGAUGAUUGCUAUCGAUAGGUACUGUUAGCCAACAAUUAACAAAAGUGUUUCUCAAGAAUUUUCAAUUUUUAUUUUCUUCAAAUUUGAAUCAUUCAAUUCUUAAUUUCUAAUCAAAGCGAUUCAAUUAUUCUAUUCUAUUUGAGAAUUCUCGGCUACAUUUUUAUUACAAGUCAUAUUUCUAAUCUCUAGGGCCCAAUAAUUUAUCAGUUGCUCACUCAUUUUAAAAAUAGAACUGCUAAUAUAAUAAAUGUUGCUGAACAUUUAAACAAUUACUUUGUUCUGGUAACGGGGAUUUUGAAGGGUGUUUUCGGUUGUGAGAGAAAUUUAAUGAAAUUAUAUUGUUGGUCUUAGAAUAUUUACUUAGCUACUCCGUCUAAUGCACGGACUAAAAGGAUUUUCGACUCUUCAUGAACAAAAACAAGCAAUAGUUCUGUGUAUAUAUUAUAUUCCUCUAUCGCAGUUUCCAUUCGAGAUAACGCUAUCUAGUAGAAUAUGGUUGUUCAUCAUGUUAUUUACAUUCGGUUGUUGAAGUCAUUGUUUCGAUGUAACUGUGUUUGUGUUAAAGUACUACGGAAUAUGAUUUCGUCGGGAUGUAUCACGUCGCAUAUAGAUAACAUUGUACUUGAAUGAUAUUGUUUUAAAAAUCUUUAUAAUAUAUUUGAAUUAUCUAAUGUUUUACUUGAGAAUUACCCUAUCAGCUAUGCGGAUAGACUUUGCAUUGUAUUUUGUUAUCUAAAACUUUCAUUGAUGAGGAGAUACUUUCUAUAAGCGAAAGAAAAUAUUAAUGUUAUGUACAUUAUUUGCAAAAUGCAAAGUUUUAAAAUAGAAUUUGAAAUGUUACCCCGGUUUCAAAUUUGUUUUUGACAGGCGCUGAUAAAUGUAAAUUAUAAAAACCACCUGUAUUAUAGUUACUUUUUUAUACUUCGAGUAUUUGUUCAUAAACAUCUAUAAAAAUAGUACAGUAUUCAAUUUUUUAUUGUAUUUUAAAGAAUUGUUUUGUGGGACAAGGUGCGAUGUUUGAUAUCAAGUCACCGUCAUUUUUCUAAUCGUUUUCGCCUUCAAUAAAAUAAUCAAGGGGAUAGUUGUGAAAUGUUGUAAAUGUAAAAAUUGUUGCCACUUAUCGUUAAGUUACAUGAUAUUACUUAUUAUACAAAUUACUGAAUUAAAGUGUAUCUUUU